AUGGAGAUUUCCUCCCAUCAGUUUCACCUCUUGGAGCAGCUCAACGAACAGCGGAAGCAGGACUUGUUCUGUGACUGCGAUAUCCUAGUGGAGGGGAAGGGCUUCAAAGGCCAUCGCAAUGUGCUUUUCGCCAGCAGCGGCUAUUUCAAGAUGCUGCUCUCGCAGAGCUCGAAGGAGACGAGCCAGCCGACUGUAGCCACAUUUGAGGUCUUCUCCCCAGAGACGUUUAUGGUUAUCCUGGACUUCGUGUACUCAGGCAUAUUGGCAUUAACUGGUCAGAAUGUGAUCGAGGUCAUGUCUGCUGCCAGCUAUCUGCAGAUGACGGAUAUUCUGAAUGUCUGUAAGACAUUCAUUAAGUCCUCCCUGGACAUUAACGAGAAGGAGAAGGAUCGGUACCUCAGCCUUUCAGCCAAAAGCACGAACAACGACCCUGCCCGUCCCUCCCUGUAUCGCUCGAGGAGGAAAGCAAAGAGCAACCCCCGGCGCUCCUGCUCCCUUCCGGAUGAGAAAGCUGCGGCGGCGAAUGAGAACUCCUGGAGCAGCUACAGCAGCUGCUUGUCCUCACAGGUGAUCCUGCAGCGGGCGGAAACGCAGCUCUCCAAGAGAGGCAGAAAGCCGGGCUCGGCGAGGAGGCGCCGCAGGCACCUCGGCCUGGCCCAGGGCCGUGACUUUGCGCAGUAUAAACCCACCAAGGCCGAGCGGGCCGGCAGCACCGGCAGCGCCUCAGACACCGGCCACCUCUCCCGUGUGAGAGAGGAGGCUGAAUUUGAUGCUGAGAAUGAUGUUGACCAUGAUUAUGGGUAUCGUGAUGGCUCGGACACAGUGCCGAAGAGGUUCCCAGAUGACCUACCUCGGAUGCGGUUCAAAUGCCCGUUCUGCACGCACACGGUGAAACGCCGCGCGGACCUGAAGCGGCACCUUCGGUGUCACACAGGGGAGCGGCCGUACCCCUGUGACGUGUGUGGGAAGAGGUUCACCCGACUGGAGCAUUUACGGAACCACUUCCAAACGAUACAUCAAGCUGGCAAACUGAUCUGCAGGAAAUGCAAGCGUCACGUAACUGAACUAACGGGAUGCGUGGUUCAGCAAGGAACAAGACGCUACAGACUGUGCCACAAGUGUCUGGCAGAAGCCAAUUUUGACAGCAUUCCCGAGGAUUUAGAUGCAGAACAUUCCCCCGUCUCCUCCACGGGAAACAAACGUCCCAAAUGGGCUCUGGAGGAGGAACAGAAAUCGGAUGAAGGGACAGUGGAGGAGGAACCGUAUAAUUUGGUUGUUCGCCACGUUAAUGAUGACGUUCCAGGUGAGGUAGAUGAAAAGGUGAAACCAAAUCUUAGGUAG